AAGCUCAUAUUUUUCUCUUUAUGGCGAUAAUUAAUAACAAUAUUUCAUUUCCGGAGAUUGCGGAAAACAAAGUUGAAAUGUAGAUUUUCUUGCAUUUUGCGAGUCUCCACGAAUCUGCAAUCAUGUCGGGGUCGAUAACCGUUGCAGAAUUUAUCGACCAAACAUUGGAGGACUACAACUCCCCAACAACUUCAACGUUCGACAAGAAUAUGUCAUGCUGCAAAUCGGCUGUCACCAAAAUUGAGGAAGAUUUAGAUGCAGACAGAAGCGAGUUAACAAAAUUAAAGAAGUCAGUGAGAGCUCUCUACAAUUCAACAAGCAAAUAUGCACAGAAUGAGAGUGAUAUAGCUGAGAACCUAGAGAGACUUGCAAACAGCACGAACAAUUCUCAUAAGCAGAUAAAUGACGCACUUCACCAGUUUGCACAGUUCACAAAAACUCUGGGAACUCUUAUAGAAGACAUGUCCAAGUCCCUGUACAACAGUCUCCAGUACCCCCUGGAGUGCUUCCUGAAGGGGGACAUCAAGCAGGUGAAGGGCGAGCUGAGGAGGCCCUUUGACAAGGCCUCGAGGGACUACGACUCUAAAUUCACAAAACUUGAGAAGGAUGCAAAGAAGAAGGCAACAGACAUUGGUGGUUAUCGGACGGAGCUGGCAGGCAGCGAGGUGGCUGAGGAGAUGGAAAAGGAGCGCAAAUACUUCCAACUACAGAUGUGCACUUACCUGAUGAAAGUUAAUGAGAUUAAAACCAAGAAAGGCGUCGAUUUGCUCAAUUACUUCAUCGAGUAUUACAAAGCAGUGAAACUGUUUUUCAACAAGGGACAAUCUGAGAUAGAGAAACACCAGGCGUUCAUUGAAGAUCUGGGCCUGCAACUGAAAGAAAUCAAACUAACUCAGAGUCAGGAGAAAGGCAGACUCCAGGAGCUGCAGACUAAGCUGAAGAACUCCAUGGCGGGGUAUAAGGAGCCCAGCUCUACCGGUGCAGUCACGUCUGGUUACCGGCUUCAUCAGCUGCAGGGAAACAAGAACCACGGCUCCAUCAAGGAAGGCUACCUGCUGAAGAAGAGUGAAGGCAUGCUGAAGAAGAUGUGGCAGAAACGCAAGUGUAAAAUCAAGGAUGGGAUCAUGCUGAUCAGCCAUUCUGAUGAAUCCAAAGAACCUGUGCGUUUGAAUCUCCUGACAUGUCAAGUGAAACUUGUCUCUGAGGAUCCAGGAAAGAAGUGUUUUGAUCUGGUAUCUAGUCAUGGAAACCGAACCUAUCAUUUCCAGGCAGAAGACGAACAUGAAAUGGAAAAGUGGAUAUCUGUACUAAGCAAUGCCAAAGAAGAAGUCCUCAACAAGGCUUUCCAGGACUCGGGCUCAGGCAUGAUGAUCAAUGAGAACGUUAGAGAGCUGACCAAAGGAAUCAUAGACAGAAUACUGAAGCUUCCCGGCAAUGAUCGAUGCUGCGAUUGUGGCGCCCUUGAUCCUAAGUGGAUGUCCACCAACCUGGGUGUACUGAUAUGCCUGGAGUGCUGUGGUAUCCAUAGAAACCUUGGCGUCCACAUUUCACGCACACAAAGUCUGGAGAUUGAUCAACUGGGCACCUCACAGCUUCUGCUUGCUAGAGUUAUAGGAAAUUACUACUUCAAUGAAGUUUUAGAGGCCAGAUUGACCAGCGAAGACCAAAAAAAACUUAAACCAGGCGCUGAAAUGAAACAAAGAGAGGACUACAUCAAAGCCAAAUACAUCGACCAUCAGUACACCAUUAAGACAUGCAGUGACGUUCGUGAGCUGCAGAGUGACUACCAACAGGCGAUACAACAGAAAGAACUGCAGGCAAUCCUACAAGUGCGAGCAGAGGGCCUAGAUUUGAUGACCGUGUUACCUGAAUCUCCUGUUGAAGAGACUGCCCUGCAUCUUGCCAUAGCCCAGGAAGAUGGUACCUCGCUGCCAAUUGUGGAUUUCAUCAUCCAAAACUCCAGCCUAAACAGUCUGGGUCGUCAGACUCGUGACGGCAACACAUGCCUGCACCUGUGUGCAAUGUUGAACAAGGCUGAGUGCAUGAAGUGUCUGCUGCGCACCAAACCAGAGAUUGCACACAUCAAGAAUUCUUUAGGGCAGACGGCAUUAGAUAUAGCCAAUGAGAACAGUUAUCAGCUUUGCGCAGACUUGUGCAAGGCAGCCAUGGAAGGGAAGAAGGAUGUCUUUGAACACAUUAACAUUGAAUGGGACCUCAUGACGGAUGAAGGGCCUGAAUAUAGUGAUGAUGAUCUGGAUGUCCCUGAAAAGCAUCCAAGGUCGCGACCCUCCAGCCUGGUAGGCGUGGAGCUACAGAUGCAGCAGGACGGGUCCCAUCUACGGGAUAGGGCAGAAUCUGAGGCAACCUCUGUACGGUCCGGACCCAACAAACCAAGAAAAAAAAACCUUACGCAUCCAACCAGGUUUCGCAAUAGUAUGAGAAAUAUUCCAGGCCUUAUAAACAGUAGUUCCAGCCACCAGUUCCCUGCAGCCCCCAAUCAAGGUGAAAAGUCCCCGGAGCCACCACUUCCCCCUAGAGCCAUGAAGAAACCCCCUGCAGCUGUUUCACUGAGUCAUCAGGGACCAGCAACGACUAAGGCUCCAAUGCAAGUCCCGACCCACCCCAUCAAUAAGUCUGACCCGGAAAAUGAGAUUCCUUACAAGCUGCACCGUCGAACGCCAUCGGAACCUCCCCCGCGACCUUUACCACUGGAUAAUCGUUUCACUGUGAACAUUCCAUACAAUCCCCAUGGCAUUGCCAAGUUUAAUGCUGACACUGCAGACAAGCCCUUGAUUCCCCCUAGACCCAGGGCCACGUCAGGGGGAGAUGAGCAGCUCAAGACCAAUCAUAUUGAAGUUCCUGAGGCUCCGCCUCCUGUACCAGCCCCUAGAAAGCAGCCAAAAAAGCCAGGGUUCCGCCGAUGCAAGGCCAAAUUUGACUGUGAUGCAGAUAACGAGGACGAGCUGACCUUCAGAGAAGGGGAGAUAAUCAUACUCCUACGGGAAGAGGAGGAAGAGUGGUGGGAAGGGGAGAUAGAACACCAGCCACAUAGGAGAGGACUGUUUCCAAUUAGUUUUAUGGAAGGGAUACCAGACUGACGUGAGGCUGAAAUGGCAGGAAUAUCAAUAAACCAAAAUGAACUGCUAGAAUUAUUGCUGGUAGUUGUCAACCAGACUGAAAUGUCCAGAUAAUGAAUAAAACCAGUCUCAGAGAAGGAAGAUCUGAAUUGAAAUUCCAAGAAUACAAGUAAACCAGUUUGGUGUUAUGAAAAUAUUUAUCGACCAGUCUCAAGUUCAUACAAUUUUAGUGGACCCUCUAAAAAUUAAUAGAAUUUUAGGGGAAUAUUUCUGAGUCAAAUUUGUGUAAACCUGUCAGAAAUAGAGAGAAUUUGUUUAAACCAGUGUUAGUUUCUUGGUAUAAUUGUUACCCGAUGAGAUAUUCAGAGAAUUAGUGAACCAAUCUAAAACUCUUAGAAUAUUGAACCAGUAGCCAGCUUUCAAUGCCAAAACUUUUAUUUUGUUUGGAAAUUGAAUUCUUUCUAAAAAAUAACUCAUUGAAUUAUUGUUUAUUGUAUUUUGCUUAAGUACAUGUAUAUUAAAAGUGUAACAGUUUUAAAAGUCCCAUUUAAAGUAUGUAAAUUAUAAGUUAUUCUAAUUAUAUGGCAUAAUAGGUAUCGAGCAUGAAAAAUGUGCUAAAAUUAUUUUCAUUCAUUGCUUUCUUAUCUCAUUAUCGUAUCUAUAAGUAAAUGAUAAACAGGUUUAUUGCUAUCAUAUUUUUGCUUUCACAAAGAAAAUGGAAAAAUCGUGUAUUAUAGCUAUAUGGUUUAACUCUGCAUUGGCUGUCCUGAAUAUUUCUUAUUUGCGUUCUGUAUUUGAUUUGUUUUGUUUUGAAGUUAUCCAUUUAAGGGAUUUUAUUAACAAUAUGUGCAAUAAUUUUGUCAGGGAACAAAAUGUUUGAAUUGUUUACAACAGUAUCUGCUAAGUUGAUAGUCAGUUAAGAUAGUUGCCAAGGUGUAGGUAUGAAUUAGGUCUCAUACCAGUUUGUUUCCAUGUUUUAAUCACUGAUUAAAAUGUACAGUGUAUCCAUACCAGUUUGUUUCCACGUUUAAAUCACUGAUUAAAAUGUACAGUCUAUCCAUACCAGUUUGUUUCCACGUUUAAAUCACUGAUUAAAAUGUACAGUGUAUCCAGACCAGUGUGUUUCCUCUUUUUAAUCACUGAUUAAAAUGUACAGUCUAUCCAUACAAGUUUGUUACCACUUUUUAAUCACUGAUUAAAAUGUACAGUGUAUCCAUACCAGUAUGUUUCCACUUUUUAAUCACUGAUUAAAAUGUACAGUCUAUCCAUACAAGUUUGUUACCACUUUUUAAUCACUGAUUAAAAUGUACAGUGUAUCCAUACAUCACUGAUUAAAAUGUACAGUGUAUCCAUACAUCACUGAUUAAAAUGUACAGUGUAUCCAUACCAGUUUGUUUCCUCUUUUUAAUCACUGAUUAAAAUGUACAGUCUAUCCAAACCAGUUUGUUUCCACUUUUAAAACACUGAUUAAAAUGUACAGUGUAUCCAUACCAGUUUGUUUCCCCUUUUUAAUCACUGAUUUAAAUGUACAGUGUAUUUGUUAUGUUAUGACCAGAACGAGUUCAAAGUUUAGUGGUAAAUAAGUAAUUAAAUUAAAGUUGAUUGGUGAUUUAGAAAUACACUGAACAUUCAUUUGUGAUUAAGAAUUUCACUUAACGUUUAUUUGUGAUUAAGAAAUUCACUGAGCAUUCAUUGGUGAUUAAGAAAUUCACUUAAAUUUCCAUAUUAACAGAUAAGCAUCACAGCAAAGAAUCAAGUGUUACCUUUAAUCAAAUUUUCAGCUAUGGCAUAAUCUUUUUUCAUUAUCAAAUACCAAGUUUUAACCUGGCCUAAUAAAGAACAAUUUUAUUUAACUUGUUUGGUACUGUUGUAUUCAAUACUGAAGGUUCAUUUUACAAUGUGAGUGUGAUACAUGUAUAUGUGAAAUGAGAAUAGUAAAAAAUAGUAUGUCACUAGUGUGAAAUCAGGGGGAAUAGUGUAAAAAAUAGUUUGAAAUUAGUCGGAAUAGCGUACUAGUAUUUAAAUGGCAAUUACCGGUACUUGAAAAUAGUGUAGAAUGGUAGUUGUCUAUUAGAUUUGGAUUUGAAAGUUACAAAUCUGUUAAAUCUGUCAUAAUGUAAACAUAUGAUUAGCAAAAUAAUCGAACUUAGGCUUUUAAAUGCAGCAUUUCUUUACUAUGUUCUGUUCUUUAUUUUGUGCCAUAGCAUUGUUCAACUUCAAUUGCAUUUGAAAGCCCAUAUGCCAGUGUAAAAAUCUUUCUUGAUGUUUGCUUUCAUAAACUGGAAUCCAUUUUUGAAAUCUUGCCCAAUUUGUAUUUUCUGAAUAGAGUCUUUUAUAAACAACCUUAAUGUUUACUGGUUCUUUUUAGCAAUUUCAAGAGUGUUGUUAAUGGCUAUUGUUCAAGUUUGCAAAUAUCAACAGUUGAAUGGAUAAUCAUCUUGUUAUAAUAACUUGGUUACUAGAAAUCAUUAUUGAUAGUUUAGGACUCUUUAAACAACAAGACUUAAGUUGCAUAUUGGAGUCACAUCCUUUUGAUUUUUUCUAUAUUGUUGGUGAUAUUAGUUUUGAAAGGGUAUCUAUGUGUUCUUGCAAAUAGAGUGUGACGAAUGUGUUUAAUUUAUGGGUUAAAGGUUUUGUUGUGAGAGAAGUUCAGAUUUGUGCAUUUAAAUAUUACCAAUGAGGAAAGACAUAUGAACCUCCUUCCAGGAAAACUGCAUUUGUGUAAUGUGUCGACUCAGUCUGCACAGGCUAAUGAACCUCCUUCCAGGAAAACUGCAUUUGUGUAAUGUGUCGACUCAAUUUGCACAGGCUAAUGAACCUCCUUCCAGGAAAACUGUGUAAUGUGUCGACUCAGUCUGCACAGGCUAAUCAGGGAUGACACUUUCCCCUUUUUAUGGAUUUUUUUGUUUAAAUAAAGUCCAGCGCCCUCACACUACUUUGGGGGAAGGGGUCCGCAGCCCUUAGGAGGGGGAAUUUUUGCGGUGUUUCCCUUUUUGGGGGAUUUUUUACUUACUCUCUCAUUAUUACAUUUGUACAUAUUUGCACUAUAUUCAUUGCAUUUUUCAUAAUUUAGUAUGUUUGCAAAGAUUAAAUUGAAAUGGAAUUGAGAUAUAAUAAUCAUGAGACACAUCUUUCUAUUUAAAAAAAAAAAAAAAAAAAAAAAUUUUUAGGGGGAAUUUUUCCCCCCAAAAGGGGAAAAAAGUAUACUUUUCAUGUGGGGGACUGCCGGAAUUUCGGCAGCAGAUUUAAUAGAUUGAGGGCCCUGAAGUCUCUUCUAAAGGAAUAUCUAGUCUAAGCGGAAAGUGUUUUCCCUGAUUAGUCUUUGCAGACUUCUUAGGCCUAUCUGGGAUGACACUUUAUGGCAUAAUGCACAGCCCAUUUUUCUGGCAAAUUAUGUCAGAGGUACUUUUUUAGUUUAAACCUAUUUAUUCUAGCUCGAUUGCAUAGAAAGUCUAAGGCUUAUUUGAAACGCUCUCCAGUCUCUCUCCUGGGACUAGAACCAGAACUUGACGUCUAUGGGGGAAAUGUAAAGAACACUCCCACAGUGGGGAAUGAAUCCAUGACCUCCUGAUUGCUAGUCGGACACCAUAUCCACUACACCACUGCGACUUUUUUGACGUUGCAGAGAGUAUUAGUAUGACCUUUAGUCUGUAAUAUGAUCUUUAUUGUUUCUUAUUGCUGUCAUUCACCAUUUUUAGAGGAGUAAUCCAAUGUUUUUCUUGCCAAGACACAAGCUGGUUACUUUGUGGUAAUCAAAAUGCAGUGUUGCCAAAAAAUACUCUAAACUUCCUUUUGUCAUUAUCAAAUUAAAAUUUGCUCACUUUAGAAAAUGACUCAAAUUGUUUGGAAAGAAAUACUCAGUAGUCAAGACUUGUCUAUAAUUGACAGCAUGGUGUAUGGAAAAAUUUAGCUAUUUCAACUACAGAUUACUAUUCUAAAAGACUCGUAAGAGAAGAUAAAUAAUUGUAUCAAUAAAAGGUCUAUAGGCACAAAGCAUUACACACAUAUGUGUGUAAGCUUUUACUAAGGGAUAAUGCAAUGCUAGUAAAUACCCGGUAUUCAUAUUCGAAUAGUGAUUAGCUAUUAAAAAGGCACAUAGGAAAGAUAACCUAUAGUUUUUUGGUUAAAUUUCGAAAUGCAAUAGGUAGAUUUAAUGGUUAAUAUUUAGAUCGGCAAAUAGCAAUAGAAAAAUAGCAGUGAAUUGCUAAAUAGUUGAAUAGUCAGUAGGCAAAUUAUUGCAAUUAGUUAUUGAUUACUUUUCUAUAGAUUUCAAUAGAAUGAAGCCAACAGACAGUAGAUUUACAAAAUAUUUAAAUAGGUGUAUUAUAGACAAAUGUGGUGUAAUUUAUGAUGGCUGUAGGAAAGGAAGCCUUCUUGUCUUCAAUGCAAUGAUAUUUAUGUGCAUAUUAUAUUCACGAUUUAAUUGUUUUUGGAUGAUGCACAUUUUUCGUACAAACAUUGUCAUUCCAUUUGUAAAUUCAGAGUACGGUAUAAUCUUUUAAUAAGUGAAAGUUUAUUAAAAGAUCCUUCAUUUGUUUGUAUGCAUAAAUGUAUCAUCAAACUUAGCGUUUAUUGCCAUUCAUAAUUCCAUUUCUUAAAAUCUAAGCCUUUAUUCUCGGCGUUACUUGUUAAUUUUUGCAUUCAACAGAUGUCAUACUGUUAUUGUGUAACAUAUUGGUUUAAUUAUUUGUCAGUGCAUUGGUAGGAGAAUGUAUUCUUCCACUCUCUCAUAUGUUGCCGCAUUUUUAUCGUUCUUCUUCAAUGCAAUGUAAUCACUAACUGAUUUUGCAUGCAGAAUGUUUUUUUAUUGAACCUUAAAAGUCAGUUAUAUAUAUAUUGAAAAUCUUUUAUUUUACCAUCAAUAACUUUGUAAUCUGUUGAGAGUUGAGAGAGCUAACAUAGGAGGAUAAAAGUCUUUUUUGGAAACACGUUUUGUGUACAUUCUCCAUUAUGAAACAAUCAUUGUUCUUUUGUUGUUAUAAAAAAACUUUUACAAAGCACAAUUUUUCCAAAUACCAAGAAAUGGAUACCAAAACACAAUCAUUGUAAAUGUUGUACUGCCUAUAAUAUUACCACCAGUACUUGAAAUAUCUGCACUUGUUUAUGAAGUGUAUUGAGGCUUCAUUUGUUGGGCAUGUAAUAUACAUUGUAAAUGGUACAUCAAAUAAUGUCAAAUUUAUUCAAAAACAUAAAAGCACUUGGAAUGCUUUCAUUCCAGAAACAGCACAAGUUUCUAAAUUUUACCAAGCUCAGUUUAUAUUUGUUUAAAUCCAAAUAAUAGGUAAAUUUGUGCAAGGCUUUAAAUUCUUGCAUACAGGGUGUUGCAUUAAAAUGAUUUUGUGAUGUAUAUAAGCAUUUUUGGAUGAAAAGGAAAAAAAAAAUUUUAUUCACUUUUAACAAUUAAUUUUGUUAUUGUAUUUGAUUAAUUAUUUGUAUGUGUAGGUUUGCAUUUAAACAAUCAUUUUAAGGAAAUCAUGCUUAAUUAUAUACCCUCUGUUAGAAUUUAAAAGGGAUAUGUUGGAAUCACCUCGGACGUCUGUCAGUAAGUCAGUUGGUAUGUGCGUCUGUUUGUCCAUAGACUUACAUUUACCCAAUCGUAUUCUCCUUCACUUUUCAAUAUACAGCCACUUGGUAUGUAUUCGUCACUAUUGUGACUCACUGUCAUUUGAAAUGCUCAAGGUAGCUUUUUUGCUACGUGUGGUGCAUCGUCAACUUAUUGCUUGUUACCACUCAAGUGGCCACAUUUGUCAUUCAAUCUUGUUGAAAUGUGGACAGAAUGUUCACCAUGACAAUAUCUAGGCCAAGUUUGAAUCUGGGUCAAAUUUGUAAAAAAAAACUAGGUCAAUGGGUUAAAUCCUAGGAAAACUCUGUAUCACUCUAGAGGCCACAUAUUGUCUUUCAUCUUGAUGAAAAAAACUAGGUCAGUGGGCUAAAUCCUAGGAAAACUCUGUACCACUCUAGAGGCCACAUAUUGUCUUUCAUCUUGAUGAAAAAAACUAGGUCAGUGGGCUAAAUCCUAGGAAAACUCUGUAUCACUCUAGAGGCCACAUAUUGUCUUUCAUCUUGAUGUAACUUAGCCAGAAUCUUUAUGUUUCAAUCUUGCUCAUGUGCCUCCAAAAACUUCAUUUCCAGGUCAUUUCUUAGAAAACCGUGUAACCACUCUAGAAAAAUCAUGAAUCACUCAAUUUUGAAAUAUUUUCAGAAUCUUAAUCUUUUCAUUCUUUAGGCUCAUUUUGAAUCUAGAUAAUCAACAAACUAGGUCACCAUAUCAAAUCUAAGAAAAAUCAUGUUUCCCCUUGAGUGGUGACAUGUAUGACUUUAUCUUGAUUAAAUUUGGUUGAAUGCUUAUAUUUGCAGUAUCAAGGCUAAAUUUGAAUCUGGGCUAUUUAGAUCAUAUGACUAGUCCAAUCUUAUAAAAACUUAAUUACCGCUUUAAGGGCAACAUUUAUGUCUCAAUAUUGAUGAAACUCAGAAAAUCUUUACAAUACCUAGGCCAAGUUUGAAUCUUUGUCAUGUGCGUCCCAAAACUAGGUCACCAGGUCAUAUCUUAGCAAAACUAGGUCACCAGGUCAUAUCUUAGCAAAACCUUGUAGACAAUAACACUCGAGAAGCAACAUUUAUAACUCAAUGUUGAUCAGAGAAUUUAAUUUGACAAUAGCAAAGUUCAAAUCUGGGUCAUAUGGGUCUAGAAAUUAGGUCACCAGGUCAAAUCUUCAACAAUUGGUGUCUGUGCACCUAAGUGCACAAAGGGCAAUCAUGGCCCUCUUUUUGUUAGCUUAAGGAUUUGAAGAGUAGAGUUCAGGAUACUGAUAUUUGUACUAAUUAUUAGUUUUAUGUAUCUCAUUAUAUAAUUAUUUAUUGCAUUUAUUUAGAUCUGUAUUUUAUUUAUAUCAUUUUGUGUUAACAUUUAAAUAUGACAAAUCAAUAGUUCAGAAGAGAUAUCUGUAAAAGUCUUAUUGGUUAAUUCCUACAACUGCCAUACUGACAAGUAGUGUGUUCUUUGGAAGCAAUUGAAAAGUCGCAUGUUAAUUAAAUGCAUUUUUGCUUCAUGGCCAUGCUUAUUUCUCUGUAGUCUGUUCAAGGUACAUUUUAAACGCAAUCAAAUGGUAAUUUGGAGGAUUGUGUAGUUAUCAUAAUUUCAGUUGGUUCUACGGUUGGUGUGCCUCCGUAGCUCAGUGGAAAAGGCGCUUGCCUUGAUAUCCAGAGGUCCCGGAUUUGAUCCCGGGUCGGGGCACACACAUGCCAGUCAUGUUUCAGCGGAAUGCUGACUGACAAUUAAAGGCUUUGCCCGGCAUUAAGACGUUAAGACGGUUGACAGUUUCUUGUAAUUUAAGUGAACUUUUAUAUGAUUUGCUACAAAUGUUAACUGCACGUGUAACAAUAUUUUGUUAUAAUUAUCCCCAUGUUUUUCGGAGAAAAAGUGGGGAUAUUGUGGUGAUGUGCGUCUGUCCAUCCGUCCUGGCCACCUGCUCCUCCUACACUAUUAGCACUAGAACCUUGAAACUGACAUACAUGGUAGCUAUGAGCAUAUGUGCAAUGGUGACAGUGACGGAAUUUUGAUCUGACCCCUGGGUCAAAAGUUAUGGGGGUUGGGGCGGGGCCGGGUUAGAGAUUUCACUCCUUUUUUUAAAUGUUAUUUUACAUUAACUUCUUCAUUUCUGCACUGAUUUACUUCAAAUUGAUACUGAGCCUCUCUUAUGACAAAACGGUCAAUCUCAACUAUGCAUGGGCCCGUUACCAACCCUGGGGCGCCCCGGCCACAUAGGCCACGCCCACCCAAAAUUGCCUUUUACUAUAAUUUCUUCAUUUCUACACCGUUUCACUUCAAAUUGAUACUGAACCUCUCUUAUGACAAUAAGGUCAAUCGCAGCUAUGCAUGGCCCCGUUACCAACCCUGGGGCACCCCGCCCACAUAGGCCACGCCCACCCAAAGUUGCCUUUUACUAUAACUUCUUCAUUUCUACACCGAUUCACUUCAAAUUGAUACUGAACCUCUCUUAUGACAAUACAGUUAAUCUAAACUAUGCAUGGCCCCAUUACCAACCCUGGGGCGCCCCGCCCACAUAGUUCAUGCCCACCCAAAAUUGCCUUUUACUAUAAUUUCCUUAUUUAUACACCGAUUCACUUCAAAUUGAUACUGAACCUCUCUUAUUACAAUACAGUCAAUCUCAACUAUGCGUGGCCCCAUUACCAACCCUGGGGCGCUGCGCCCACAUAGGCCACGCCCACCCAAAAUUGCCUUUUACUAUAAUUUCUUCAUUACUACAACGAUUCACUUCUAAUUGAUACUGAACUUCUCUUAUGACAAUACGGUCAAUCUCAACUAUGCAUGGCCCCAUUACCAACCCUGGGGCGCCCCUGGGUCAAACAUGAGGCGUGGGGAUACGCAUCGGCCUCUGCCGCGCCAUUUCUAGUUACAGUAUGAUUUAAAAGCAUUAUUUUGUGUGUGUUUUUUUAAGAACUAAGUUCGUCUUAGCUUUUAUGGUCAUUGUUAAAUUGUGUUAUGUAACUGCAAUGUUUUACAUGUAUUCCCGUACAAUAACUCAGUGUUAUGUGUGUUAUGCAUUUACAAAUAUAUAUGUGUACAAAGUAACCAUAUUAAAUACAAACUGAA